CAAUCAGCUGCAGCCCUGCUACAGACCUGCCAUUUGUUCAGACGCUGGUAUGGAAGCUGAUUUAGUUUCUUGAUUCUACUCAUCUCCAGCUCAAUGGAUACGGCGUUGCUUGAAGCGUGCAUUCUACAGCUCAUCAAGACGAACCAAGACUCUACAUCUGCUCACGUCGCUGAACAUCAUGGAGUGCCUUCUGCAGAGGAGCUGGUGAAAAUGAAAGCGUCCAGAUUCCCUACACGUAUCACUGGAGCGAUCGAUCACUUUGGUGCGAUGGAGCGAUGGUCAGCCAGCUACUUCAGACAUACGAUGGGCUCAGCCACUGUGACUUGUGCGGUGACACCCACAGGCGAGGCUGACAGUGUUCAAGGUGACUACUUUGUGCAACCCUUCCAGGCACGCUGCACCAUGAACAGCAUGCUUGACUGGAUUGCAGAACCGAAAGGCAAUGUGCGCUAUCUCCAAUUACAAAAUGGCUCGUUGCAGCUAGAGUUCCAAGCACUGCAGGCCGAUGUCGAACCAAAUGGCCCAUACUGGGCUGCAAGUGUCUUUGGUGAGGGACCGCUUGCCAAUAUAUGGAUCGGCAAUCACUCGUCAAGAACGAGUCUGCACAGCGAUUCCUUCGAGAAUCUGUUUUGCCAGAUUCGAGGCAGUAAGCGUUUCACGCUUUAUCCGCCACAUGAGUAUCAUCUGCUCAACGAGGCCGAGUACACCAUGGCAUCGUAUAUGCCAACAGAAGGAGAAGAUGGAUUACAAGGGACGCUCAACAUCGUGCCUGAUACACCAGUGGGCAAGAUCCCAUGGUUGCAGCCGCCUGAACCACCGCACCCGAAAGCGAGGCCUAUUCAUGUGAUACUAGGUCCUGGCGAAACACUCUACCUACCUCCGCUAUGGUUCCAUGAGGUACAGCAAAUAGAUGACCCCGAUGAUGGUCUUUGCUGCUCUGUGAACUACUGGUACGACAUGGAUUACCUGGAUGGCAGCUGGGCUCAGUGGAAGUUCCUGCGAAAGAUUAGCUUGCUGGCUAGAGGCAUGAACGCUUUGUGUGCACAAGAGCUCGCCGAGGAGGAAGAUGAUGACGAUGGCACUGCUUCAAGUCAAGCAGUCCAUUGAAGACUGUAGCGAAGCCACGACGUGAACACGAGUACGAUUUCUCAACGCAACGGCAAUUUGGCAAAGCUGUUGACGCAGAGACAUCAAACGUGCAUGUCAGGCAAUUUCGUGCAAGGUGGAGUGCUUCCAUUGUCGAUACAGGAUGUGGUCAGACUUAGAAUACCCGGCAUCUUCCCUUGUGGACGGAAAUGAUACUCAUGAGCUGAUUCGUGUGCGCCAGUAUCAAUAGAGAACAGGUCAGAGGCAGAUCGGUCGAACUAGAACCAGAAGCAAAUACAAUGUGCGAUACAAUCCU